AUGAUCCGCCAAUCCAUAGCCUGCGUCACCAGACGCCUGUUGGCUGCUCCUGCAGUGCAGGCCUCGAGCUCCAUCUCGGCAAGGGCCUUCUCCUCCUUCACACCCAUCCGACCGACCCUUGCCGCCCGCCCGACCGUCUUCACUCGCCCCAGCACACUCCCGUUCGCGCCCUCCGCAUCACCAGCGACCGCAGCGCAAACUGUCGACGGCGUGGCUGCCGACCUCGUGCCCCGGAGCGCCAUCACCGCCCACCCAGCACUGUCUCAGAUUCGCUGCGGUCCUCGCAACACGAUGAACGGCAACACCCGCCUCAUUCAAAAGCGCAGACACGGAUAUGUCAGCCGCAUGAAGACCAAGGAUGGCCGCAAAAUUGUCAGGAGGAGGAGGAUCAAGGGCAGGCUCCGACUGGGUUGCUCCAACUAG